CUGUGAUCCAAAUCGCUUAAAAAAUAAUCAAAAAAAGUUCCAAUCAAAUUGGAAAAUAUAUUUAAAUAAAUAGCGCAUUUAUCCGAGGCAUUCUUAAACGGAUAUUCAAAAUGAAAACACAAUUUUUAGUGCUGUCUUUCUUAGUGUUUUUUCUGAUCACCACAGAAGCCUGUAACACGGAUCAGGAUCGUGAGAUUUGUGCGAACAUGUUAAGGCGCUGCCUGGACACCGAAGGCAGCAGACCCACUCCAAACCCAGAAGAGAGCUUGACCGCUUUUAACAUACAAUGCCGAACCUUAAUUGGUUCCGAUUGGCGCGAUGUGACCCGUUGCGGUUUGGUGCGCGCAAUCUGUGAACUUACUAUUGUGCGUUGCCAGAAAGUCUCUUGUCGCAGUGUUCUGGCCCUCAAUCCGUAGAACUCAUGCAACUUGAAGAUUAUCUCAUGAAUAUAAUUUCGGAGCAUUUUACGAGAG